AUGGAUCCCCGUCUAAAACGAGAUCAAACUAUAGAUUUUAAACGUUAUUAUUUAUAUGGCUUUUUCAUAAAUCUUAUCCCAAUAUAUGUCUUUUAUCCUAUAAGAACUAUUAAGACAAUUCAGCAAUCUAAUAUAGGAACGUCUUCUGCUACAACGAUGGGAAAAGUUUUUGCUGAAAGGAUUAAAGCCGAAGGCGUUCGUGGUUUCUUUAAAGGUGUAGGAGUUUACGGGUUAGGCAGUAUUAGUGGACGUUUGGUUCAUUUUUCUACCUACGAUGCAUUAAGAGACAUGGUAUACAAAGGGAAAGGUAGUUCUGUUGGGUUAGGUUGGCUAGAAAAUCGUAGUCAUUCAACUAUUAAUGCCUUAUUGGGAACUUUAAGCGCUGUGAUAACUUCAAGCUUUAUGAUCCCUUUUGAUGUAAUUUCUCAACAACUUCAAGUCUCGAGAUCUCCUCAUUUUUCAACUAAUAAUGUUACUCAAAUUAAUAACACUUCACCGACUCUUAAAAGAGCAAUUUCUACUGCAACUACCUCUAAUCAACCAACUUAUAUUGUUACACCUCAUAAUACACCUUUAACACCUAAUAUCAAUGACCCACAUUUACAUUCGGUCUCGUUAAGAAACAAUUUUAUCACACGUCUAAAACCUAAAGAUGUUCCUCUUCACCAUUUUCUUUACCGUGGUUGGGCUGCUGGUCUACUCAACACAAUUUCUUUUUUUCCUGCCUAUUUUUUCACUUAUACUUAUACUUUGGAAACAUUACAAAAAAAUCAACAUCCUGGUGUUAUGGCUGGGGCUAUUGCAACUUUCACUUCUGCACCUUUCGAUGUUGUAAAAACAAAAAUACAGAUCGCCCGUGAGGCGGGACAAAAGGAGCUAAGAUGGUGGAACAUGGCUGCAAGUAUUGUAAAGACAGAAGGUGUAAAAGGUUUAUUUGUUGGAAUGUCUGCUAGGAUGUGGGUUAUUGUUCCACUGGGUAGUUUGAACUUCUGGGUAUUUGAAAAAGUAAGAGACUGGAGUGUUGUAAAAAUUCCGUUGAAAGAUGAAUAA